AUGGUUCGCAUUCAAAGCUUCCUCUUCGCUACGACCACAGCGCUCGUCGUGCUCCUGCUGAGCGGCACAGAGAUCGCUCAAGCUGCUAUUAUCCCCAACGACCAUCCUGUCCCCAAACGCUCAGACGCUGCUCCAUCAACGCGGGACCAAUCCAGCUCUUUCCUACCCUUCGGCCCGGGCUCCCUCCCUCCCCUGUCGAAGAGAACGAAACGCUCUUAUCUGAGCUCCUGGUUCUCACUCCAGUCCGACCCACAAGACCCCAAUAACAAUCCCGCUCUCGACUCGUCGUCAGACAGUGUCGAAUUUUCGUCGUCGGGCAGCCUCAAUCUCCUGCGAAGCAAGAAGGAGGAGCUGCUUAACCAGGCGCAAGAGGCCGCUCAAGAAGCAGAGGCGGAGGAGCUUGUGGGCGGGAAGCUUGCAGCGGCUGCUGAAGGGGUAGACGAGGACGACGAGGAAGCUGCUAGGGUUGAAGGGGGAGGCAUGGUCGGUGCGUGGUGGCAGAGCCAGAGGAGGAGACAGAGGGAGAGCAGGAUGUGGAAGCUGGAGGAGCAGAAGCCGGCGGCCAAGGGCAAGAAGAGAUUGAGUGGAUGGUCAGGCUUGUAG